AGUCACGUGGGCCGUUUCCUUGCAUGCUCUCCGUUCUUCCUCGUACAGUCCGACGCUGCAGGCAGCCAUGAGUCUGGAAGCUAUCCGCUACCGCAGGGGCUCCCUUCAAAUCCUCAACCAGCUCUUGCUCCCCCACCAGAGCCUCUACGAAGACGUUGGCAACGUUCGACAGGGCUGGGAAGCCAUCCGGGCUAUGAAGGUGAGAGGUGCUCCAGCCAUUGCCAUUGUAGGUUGUUUGAGCCUGGCAGUGGAGCUGCACAGUAGAGGAAAUGCAGAAGCGAGUGUCAGCAAGCUGGAGAACUUUGUGUUAGAGUCGCUGGACUACUUAGUGAGCGCUCGACCUACAGCCGUCAACAUGGCCCGGGCAGCUCAGGAAUUGGGCUGCUUUGUCCACCAGGAGGCCAAGCGGGAAGGGGUUACAGCUGAGAGUCUGCAAGAAAGUGUGAUCAGCUGGGCAGAAGCCAUGUUGGAGAAAGACCUAAAAGACAACAGAAGCAUCGGGGAACAUGGGGCACGCCACCUCCUGGAGCGAGUAGGACAGGACAAGGUAGUGGUCCUGACUCACUGCAACACAGGCUCACUGGCCACUGCUGGAUAUGGCACUGCGCUUGGCAUUAUUCGCUCCCUGCAUGCCAUGGGCCAUCUGGAGCAUGUCUAUUGCACAGAGACGCGGCCAUAUAAUCAGGGAGCCCGCCUGACUGCCUAUGAGUUAGUGUAUGAGCAGAUCCCUGCCACGCUCAUUGCUGACAGCAUGGCAUCUGUGAUCAUGAAGAAGAAAAAGGUGUCGGCUGUCUUUGUGGGAGCAGACAGAGUUGCUGCCAAUGGAGACACUGCCAACAAAGUAGGAACUUAUCAGUUGGCUAUUGCUGCAAAGCACCAUGGGAUUCCUUUCUAUGUGGCAGCACCACGAACCUCAUGUGACCUGAGCUUGCAACAUGGAGAACAAAUUGCUAUUGAGGAGCGGCCAAGCCAGGAGCUGACAGAUAUCAAUGGAAUACGGGUCGCAGCACCAGGUAUUGGUGUUUGGAAUCCAGCCUUUGAUAUCACCCCUCACGAUCUGAUUACUGGUGGCAUUGUCACUGAAUUCGGUGUUUUUGCUCCUGCUGAACUUCAGGCAGCAUUGACACAGACAGAGAGCCAAGUAUAAAGGUGAUGAGCUCAGCUGUUUCUGGAUUGACUAGACAAGAGUGUGCAUCAGGCGGACUUUCAGCCCUACUCUCUAGAGGAGCCAGCAUUCAAGGUUAAUAGGAUGAGCUGUUCACUCAGCCCUCUCUGUCUUUGUAGUUGUGCAUUGUUAAUGAAUACCCAUUACCUUUCCCA